AUGCGGUUAUUACCCUUGGACCACAGCUCCUGUCGCCCGGGCGGCGGGGUGCGAUUUGCCGGCGCCCGGGGGGAGCCCUGCGUGAAUAUCUUAAACGUUAUUGGGGGCGAUGGCCUUCCCCGAGAGGCCGGGAUUGCGGGGGCCUGCUCUGGGCUCACGGGCUGCGCCUCUCUGUCAGGUCCCGGGGCGGUGGGUGCCACCAGCCGCAGCCUCUGCGCCGGCGGGGCACCAAGCCUUUCCUACCAAGAGCUCAAAGACUUGAAGAAGGCCGACGUCCUCCACAUAGACGUGUGGGAGAGGUGGGAGAUCGACAGAUUUGGAAAAAUCCCAGCGUCCAUCAACAUCCCGCUGGGUGAAUUAGUGGAAGCUCUACAAAUGGACCCAACGGAGUUCAAGGAGCAGUACAAUCAAAAGAUGCCAUCCAAGUCAGACCCUGUGGUUUUCUCCUGUUUGGCAGGAACAAGAAGUAAACAGGCACUCGGUUUUGCCAUGUCCUUGGGUUUCAGCAGAGUUCAGCAAUAUGCUGGUGGCUUUGAGGAUUGGGUAAAACAUGAACCUCCAGAGAAAAAAUGAAGGUGACUACCCCAACCCUUGCCCCAUCACGGCUUCAGGAUCGUUUGUAGUUUUUAGCUUUCAAACUACGUGCAUUCCACUUCCAGAAUACAGCCCACUCCUGUUUUCUUCUGUAAAUGGACAUUCACCUCCAAAUAGCCACGCAUAUCAACUGCUUGGUUUAAAUUGUAUCUAAAGUCUGUGACAUGAAGAGAGGACAUUAAAUUUGUUCAGCCUUUACUUUGGGCUGUGUUUUUUGGUGAAAGUAUGUGAAGAGAACCUAUAUACUUAUUAUGUUUACUAAGAUUUUUGUAUGAUGUAGUUUAUGACUGUUUAAACUCAUGAUGAUAGGACAAAUAAAAUUAUCCUUUCCCAGAUAA